UUUGAAUUCGAGCGAUUCUGCUUCCUUAUUUCGAUUCCGGUUCCAAAUGAUUCUCAGGGUACUUUAUAAACGGUAUCAAUAUCAAACCUAUGAAUUAAAAGGCAAUGUGUGUACUAACUAACUAACCCAAUUGACUUAAUAUCCAUUAAUUAAAGUUUAAGCGAAAAGUUAAAUAUAGCAUUGUUAAAAUUGUUAUUUGGGACUGUUUUAUCACGUCAAAUGGUGCACGUUUUCACUUUACUUCCUGUUUUAAGCUUGAAGCCUUUUAUUUUGAAGGGUAUGCACUAGAACUCAGCAUGUUGGCACGAAAAGUAACUUCACACGACACCGGUGAAUUAUUAUAAUUUUUUUUUAAACCAAAUUAAUUUUUAUCCCAAUUCAUUGUGUUGUAAAGUUGCUACGGGGAAGUUUUAGCUCAAUGUUAAGCAAUUUUUUUCUGUCAUUGGCUCUUAUGUUGGUUUUAAGAUUAAAAUAAACCAUCAGUGCAAAAGUGCAACCAACUGUUUACGUUGUUAUCUGCCUCAAUGUUGGCAUAGACAUAUUUUAGUGUUUCAGUCAACAAAUUGACUGAGAGUUGACUUCACUGAAGCUUCGCGCAGUGUAGGCUGAGGCUCGGCCCACGUCAGACGCUAAACAUCGAUAAAGGCUCCUUUGCACGAUAUAAUCUAAUUCCAAGUGUUGCACUGAGGCAACUGGUCAUUAAUUGUAACAGAGUUAAGACACACUUUUGUUCAGCGCUGCCGUUGGGCACAAGCACGUCUUUGUGCGCGUUCUUCUUCGUUGGUUUUCGCUGUUUCUUCGUUGGGUUUCGCAACUCCUUCGUGGUCAGUGGACCGUAGGCAUCGAAACUGGGAACCGAAAUUAAAAAAAUUGUACGAUUCCGGGGGAACCGGAACGUUAGUCUUGGUUCCAAUCGGUUCUCGAUUCUCGAUGCCCAACCCUAGGUGGGACGAGGUGCAGUGGUAGGUCGGUGUACAGGGAGUAGAGCAGAGGACUCAACACACAGCCUUGGGGGGAACCUGUGCUGAGAGUGAGGCUGGAGGAUACAUGGCGUCCGAGCUUCACUGUUUCGGAUCAGUUGGUGACUAAAUCCAGAAUCCAUAUAUGGGGUGAGAGGCCAGGAUUACACAGCUUCCUGAUGAGGAUGGAAUGAAUGUGUUCAAAUCUGAACUAUAGUCGAGAAACAGCGUCCUCACCUAAGGCCCGCUGUGGUUCAGGGCUGUUUGGAGAGCUUUGGAAAUGGCAUCUUUCGUGGAUCUGUUUGAUUUGCAUGGAAACUGCACUGCGUCUAAGCAUAGUUUAAGUGUCGUUUUAAUGUACUUUAAUUAUCAAAGUGUAAAAGCUUUACUCAGAUGGCUUGUUUGGAAAUAUGCAUGCAAGUUAUUUGUCUUUUUGCAUCUUGGAGGCUGUUUUGCUGAACAUUGCUCACGCAAAGUGAAAUCUGACUUCAUUGAAAAUCUGCAAAUAAUUGAGACCAUAUUAAUGUAUGUCCACCUUUUUGUUUCUUGUAGUCGACUUAUCAGUUUUUUACAUGGGGUAUUUGUAAAAAAAAAAUAAAAUAAAAUAAAAAAAUUAUUGUGUGAUUAAAACCUCAACAAAAAAAUACAAUUUUAAUAGAAUUAACUUACUAGCAGAUGAACAACAUCCACAAAUCAAUUGCAGGUACCACUGUAUACCAUUAGUACAAAGUAACAAAGUGAGAUGCAGUGCAUAAUACUGCUUCUAAGGUUAGAGUAGAUGCAUCGUCCUGUGAAAAUGUCCUUCUGUUGCAGUAGUUCAGUCACCGAUGUCCGCGAGACAAACUCCUCGUCUGCUUUCAUAUGGAGGUAUCUGCAGCAUCUUGAGACUCUUGACAGUUGUCCAUUUCUCUUGAGUUUUUCCCAAAAGACGAAAAAGCGACGUGCAGGUUCCGCAUGUAUACAAUUGACAAAAACAGAAACACACAGGACAUUUUCUCUACAAUUACAGUUAGUUUUGUUAACAUAAACUCUGCGGCCAUCUACCAGCUACCAAUAUUUUUGGGGAAAUAAAGCCCUUCUCUAAACAGUUUGUAGUCAUUAUGCCUGUGUAUUCUCAUUCAUCCAGGUCAUUUCAUUCUGAGGGCACUGGAUUGAUUGCAACUGGACUGUUCUGGUUGUCUUAAGACGCUACGCCUCUCAUCCGAGCAGGCUUUGUCAGUUCGUGCAACAAGGCUUAGUUUGGACUAAACUAGCAUGACUUUACUUUAAAUGAACUGAUGAAGCCUGCUCGGGUGAUAGGUGAACCGGCUUCUAAAGCCCGCCACACACUGCAUGAUGCAGUUGAAUCCGGUCGGUCAUAGAUCAAUAGUUAAGGAAGAGGCAGGUUACUAAAGAGGGAGGACGUGGACGAGACUAAAGGCAAGAGUGUGUAUAUAUUAAAAGAUGUUCGCUCGCUCCCAUUCAUUUGAAUGUACCCGGCGCGGUACGUACCGCUCACGUACAUUUUGGGCACAAGCUUCACUUUUUCAUCCACAGACAUCAGUGAAGCUCUUCGUCCUGAGCGGCAAGAGCCAGAGCCCACUCACAUUAAAAAAGAGGAUGAGCCACAGCCCCCUUACAUCAAAGAGGAGGAGGAAGAGCACCUGCACAUUAAAGAGGAAGAGGAGGGUGAUAUCAUCACGUUGUCAUCAACUGGUGUCCAUUUGAAGAGUGAGGAUGAAGGUCAAAGUGAGGAAUAUAGCGAGGCGGAGCCUCUAAGCAGCAGCUCAAGUCUACACAUGACAAGAGGAGGUGAUGGAGACCACUGUGGAGGAUCACAAGCAGAUGGCCUCUUAGCUCCACUAUCAGAUAGUGAUGACUCAACUUCACAUUCUCCUAGCACUGAUGAUGAUGAUGAUGAUGAUGAUGAUGAUGAUGAUGAUCAGUCUGAAGGUCUUAAGACAGGUCACACUGACAACAAACGCUGGAAAUGUUCUGAGUGUGGGAAAACUUUUGCUUAUAAGUGGGGUUUGAAACAACACAUGAGAAUACACACUGGAGAAAAACCUUUUGCCUGCUUAGAUUGUGGUAAAAUAUUCACUCAGAAGGGAUACUUAAAAAUACACAGAAGAACACACACUGGGGAAAAACCUUUUGUUUGCUCAAUUUGUGGUCAAAGAUAUUCUCAAAAAACUAAUUUGAUAACACACACGAGAACUCACACUGGAGAGAAACCUUUUGUCUGCUCAGUUUGCGGUCAAAGAUUCUCUGAGAACGGAAGCUUAAAAACCCAUGCAAGAACACACAGUGGUGAGAAACCUUUUUCCUGCUCAGUUUGCAGUCAAAGAUUCUCUGAUAAGGCAAACUUGACAACACACACAAGAACACACACUGGUGAGAAACCUUUUGCAUGCUUAGUUUGUGAUCAAAGAUUCACCACAAAAAUACAGUUAACAAAUCACACAAGAACCCACACUGGAGAGAAACCGUUUGCCUGCUCAGCUUGUAACCAAAGAUUCUCUCAGAAGGGAAACUUAAAAACACACAUAAGAACACACACUGGGGAGAAACCUUUUGCCUGCUCAGUUUGUGGUCAAAAAUUCUCUGAGAAUGGAAGCUUAAGAAGACACACAAGAAAACAUACUGGCGAGAAACCUUUUACCUGCUCAGCUUGUGGCCAAAACUUCUCUCACAAGGAUCGGGUAAAGAGACACAAGUGUGCUCGUGGGAAUAGCAGUGAUCAAUGAAGCUUUAAAGGUCCCCUCUCCACUGUUUUUUCUGUUUAAUUUUGUUCAUCUUUGAUGUCCUUUUAUCUGGUUUGCAUGAUAUUCUUAGUUGAAAAUGGCCAAAAUGUCAUUUUUCAAGCUACUCUAGGAGGUCUUUUCGGCCAUCGCAUUUGAGACGCUUGGAUUUCUCAUUAUGUGACGUGUAUUAGCUUUGUUCUGAUUGGAUCGCUCAUCUUCCCCAACCCUAACCACCGCAGAUCAUACAUAUUUAUACCACUAGAGGGAGCCUCGGCUGGAUGACAGCAUGCAGAGUUGUAGACCGAGAAAAUAUUUCCUCACUUUUGUCAUUUCAUUCCUGUUCGAUUUACUUACUAUACGUAAAUAAAACACAAUAUAUAUAUAUAUAUAUAUAUAUAUAGAGAGAGAGAGAUUAAUUUUAUUUAUUUUGCUUGUCAUUUUUGUCUCUAUUGUGAUAUGGCCAUGCUCCCUUGGCAGUUAUGUCAUGAUUUUAUGAAGACUUGUGUUUGUAU